AUGCUCUGCUUACACUUGUCGGUGGCCGGGUCCCGGGGAACUGCUGCCAACCGGACUCUCCCUGCCCAUGGCACCGGGCACAGAACGGCGGCGCUAGGACGAAUGAGCAGCCCGAGUCGCCGUACACUGAGCGGCGGAGACCCGGCGGAGCGCUCGGAAACUCCCGGGGCGGACAGGGAGCGAGCGCCGAUGAGGAGAGAGGGAGAUUCUCGCCGGAUUAACGCCGGCGGGGCGGAAACUCGGGCGGGAGAGUCCCCCGCCGACUUUUCCGGCUAUGAGACCGCCGUGGGUUCGGAAAUUUACGAAAGUUUCAGCGACAGCGACAAAGUGGGGUCCGCCGGACAGGCGGCUGCGUUACGCCUUUCCUCUGGUUCGCAACUGGAGCGUAAGGUCGGCGGAGAGAGGCUGGACGGAAAGCCGGGCGGAGGGGAGGGUGACUACGCCGAAGUGUGGUCGGAAUUGGCGGCGGGAGGUGGCGACGAGCUGCAUUUUAUUAGCACCCACCAGAUCCAGCUGUAUGAGCUGGACCAUGACGGCUGUGAAUUUGCGCUGGGAUCUUCCUGUGCGCUGGAGGAGAGCAGCGCCGUGUAUUCCUUGGUGGGCAGUAGUUCCCCGGAGAGCGACGCCUCGGAGGAAGGCUCCGUGACCCCUCAGGCUCCAAGUUACGCCGAAGAAGCGCCGCCGGAGGAAGCGCCGGGCCAGGAAUCGGCGAGAGCCGGAGAUGCCGCGGGGCAGGGGCGCACUGCCAUCUCCGGCGGGCCCAUCCACUUGUCGAUCCGGGCCAGUUCGCGGGCGGUGGGCGAGGAGCGGCAAGCUUGCGCCGAUGGAGGCUGGCGAGGGGAUGGCGGCGCACGGAGAGCGGGGGUACCGGCGGAGAGAGCGGGAGCGGCGGAGCGCAGCCGCUGUAGUUCCAGCGCAGUGAGCGAACUGGACGAGGCGGAUAAGGAAGUUCGCAGCUUAACCGCCCGGAGUUUCCGUAGCCUCGCGUGUGGGGGCGAUGAGUAUCUGGACACUUACUGCGCCGGUAAUAGAUCAACCGAUUUGUCAUCGUUGUCAGAGGGAAGUAUCGGGUGUAGCCGCUGGGCACAGUAUGUCGAUGCACAUUGUCGCAAAUCAAUGGGAUUGACGGAUCGCAGCGAAUUUCCUGCCGAGUCAGCAAACCGGAGCGUUAGUGCCCCGGGUCAAGACACCGUGAGCCGCAAUGGGCUAGAGGGAGGUCCAGGGGAACGAUCCCCGGAGGGAGAGGGGCCGCAACCCGCCAGCGCCACGCAGGAAAACUCGGCGCAGUGCUCGGCCAGCCAAGGGCGGAGCGGAGAAGCGGCGCAACUCGGCUCCAGGGUCAUCACGUUAACGGAGACCGUGAAGCUCAGCUACGACCCAGAGGAGCGGCAGCGUCAGCUCCGGGGAAAUUCGGGCGCCGAUAGCCCGAGCGAAGAGUCGGCGGCCGGGGGAGGCGGCCAGGAACGGCGCAGGAGCGGCGCAGAGAUGGCGAGGCCGCAGCGCAAGUCGAAGCUGGCGUCUAGCUUGCUGCAGAACAUCAUCUGGAAGCGAAUGCAGUUCGAGCAGGAGCUCCGUAUGGAGCGGGGGGAGAUCAGCGACACCUCUUCCCCGGGGCGCUGGAGCCCUCCACCUGAGGCACCCCGAGCACCGGAGCCAGGCCAUUCAGCCCGAGGGAACCCGUUCGCCAGCCAGCGCAGUGCUUUCCGGGCCUGGGCAGACGGAGCCGAUCAUUCCGCCAAAGCGGGGCAGAGCAUCCGAGCAGAAAUUGGAACGCAAGCCCAGGGCAAAGCCACCAAAAUGUCCCACCUCUUCGUGCCCGGGAUCCAGAGGGCACCGACUGGCACCGGACCCAGGAAAGCCGCCCCCCAACACCCCCAGGGCCGUCUGCCCCCUAAAGAGGCAGCGGAAGAUAAGAGCGUCGCCGUCCGCUCGCCAGAAAUCCGAAUCAAAGUGAGGAGCCGCUACAGCCCGGGACCGGAGGCGGGUCCUGAGGCUCGGUGCCAGGUGCUGUUGGCAGACGCUGGGCACGGGGUUGGGGGCAGGGCCAGGGCUCAGCAUUUCACCGUCAGGGACAUCCGCGACAACAUCCAGAGGAUCCAGGCUCCGCUCCACCGGGUCCGUGACGUGCGCAAACUUCUCAAGAGCUCCUAUCACAUCGUUACGGUGCAUGGUGGCACGGUGCCCCGGGAAGAGAGCGCACCGGCCCCUGCUAACCACACCAGCCCCUCUCUGCCCAUUGUCAUCAAGUGCCAGGCGGUGAGUAAAGGGCGGCUCCCCGGCAACUGGAAGUCCCACGACCGGCCCAGUGGCGGAGGCGGGAGCCCGGAGAACGCAGUGACCGACAGCCCGGUCCCACAAGCGGCAAGCCCCGAGCCCCCGGACACCGCAAUGAUCACCGGCUCCAGCUCGAUGCCCAGAACCCGUCUCCCCAUCACCGGCCCCGGGAGAGCGGCGGCGAGCCCUCCCGCCACUGGAGGGGCGGCCCCGGGACCGGACAAGGCGCUCGGUACCGGCUGCCCGGCCGAAGCGAGUAAGCGUCUGGCGCUGGAGAAGUUGACGGCGGCCGUGAAGAGUAUGGAGCAGCUGUACGUCUUCGACCGGAAUGAGUGGAAGCGCAAGACCGAUGCGGCUCCCGGUACCGGGGCUCUGGCCGGGAGUCACGUCUUGUCCUUAAUCGCCAGCGAAGAGGCAUCGAGCUCCGACCGGGAGGCACCGGCGGCCGCUCGGGCUCCCGAUCCCACUCGCAAAGCCGAACCGUCCGCUGCCGCUGGUGUCCCCAAGGCCCCCGGAGCCGCCAACAAGUGCACGGUCCCGCAGCUCUUCACCGUGGCCCCGGUGAGCCAAGCCGCCGCCGCCAGGAGAGAGUUCAAACCGGUGGCCGCUGUCAGAUCCCCGCCGGUACAGCCUGAAGUGCGCUCGGUACGGGCUCCCCGCCGCCCGUCGCUGGAGGAGACCGAGAAACCGGCGCAAAGUGCGGCGGACGGCAGGAGCGGCGCCCCGGCUCAGCCACAAGCCCCGCCGGCGGAGUUUGAGAACUACCUGACCAUCCCGAUCAAGCAGCCCCCUGCCCCAGCGCCUCCCGCCGCCUAUUCCGUGACCCCCGGCCGCCUACACAGCCCGAGCCCCAUACAGCAACGGGAACCGUCGCCCGCCACCAUUUACCACCAGCCUCCGUCCCAGAGACUCAGCAUCAAUCCUGCCGGGGUGCAGCCCCCAGAGCCGAUCAGCCAGGCCAAGUUGGUGGAGAGCCCUCCGGUACCGUGUUUCCCGGCCCCGCACACACAGCGCAAGAUGUUACUGGACCCCGCCACCGGCCAGUACUACCUGGUGGACACGCCGGUACAGCCGGCUCGCAAGCGGCUCUAUGACCCAGAGACCGGGCAGUAUGUCGAUGUACCCAUGACUCAACAGACCAUGGCACCAGUGUCCGUGCCCAUCUCGCCCAUUGCAAUCAACCCUGGCGCCUAUGGCACCACCUACAUGCUGUACCCUGGGUUUCUGCCCACGCCAGCCGUGCUGCCCCCUGUACAGGGCCAGCUGCCCCGGGCCGACAGCGAGUGCAAUGACACUGUGAAGCCCCCCAGUGCGAUCAGCCAGCCCGGGGAAGCCCAAUACGCGGAGAGCCCCUAUUACUUCCCAACUGGCAGGUCCCUGAAUCCCACACAGUCUCUGACCUCUCAGCAUAUAACCAGAGCUACCAAGGGCUUCCCAGACGGCAAACCAGUCAUCAGCAUCACCUCUCAGCCUGGGCCAAGAAUCAUAGCACCGCCGUCCUUUGACGGAACUACCAUGAGUUUUAUCGUGGAGCACAGAUGAAAGUCCUGGAAUACUGCGUGAGGAGACGCGACUGAAGAAUGUUGUAUGAAGACUGCUUUAUAAUGCAAAACAACUUCUUAAAACUUCCUUAGGAUUUUCCUGUUCUCAAAUGUAGUUGUGCGUGUUUAAUAUAAGUUCUUUACUGUUCAAAGAAACAAGCAACAUUUUUUUGGCAGCAUGUAUAAAUAUUUUAUGCCAGAACAUUCAAUGCCCUUUAAUUUUAACUACUGACAACACUAGAUGACUGUGCAUCUGCUCAUCAUUUCAAUAUUAAAGAUGAUAACUGGUUUGUCAUUGUACUGAACCUUGUGCAUGACAGCACUUUG